UUAAAAACUUUUAUAUAAAGGAAAUGGAUUAAGCUUUUUUCUUAAAGGGCAAAAAUUGCCUAAACCCUAAAGCUGAGAUUUUUCUUGCUCAGUAUUGGGUCGAUGACGAUGAAGUGUGUGUUUUGUUGAUAAUCUCGAGUGUGGGUGAUCGAAGAGCAAAGGAAGUCCCAAGGUUUUUGAUCUCAUGGAGGGAGAAGAGAGUUUGUUGGAUGCUAUAAAUGAAGAAGACGGAUUUGAAAACUUGGAGGAUGUUGAAAUGGUUGAUGUUGAAGAAGGGGAGAUUGUUGUGGAUCAUGAUUUAGAUUCUGGAGAGAGGCAAAAUGAUGAUGGUGAUGGAGUCAAAGAUAAAGAGGCGAUUUUGGGUGAGAAGAAUGGACUGCAACAGACAAACAAGAACAAGAGGAAGAAGAAGAAGAAAAAGAGAAAAGGCCCUGUGAUGGACAAACCCAUGAGUGUAGACUGGUUUGUUAGGGAUACUUGUAGACGCCUUAAGGAGAAGAAGUCUUACAUGAUAUACACAGCUGUUGGGUGUCUCGGAAUUGCUGCCUUAAGUGAUCUUGUCAAUGAGGUGGUAGCAAUUGAGACCUGUGGAGGUCAGGUGACUGCUGAUGGCACUAGGAAACGGACAAGUGGUGGUGUAUUGUGGAACAUCAUCAAAGCGAGACAGCCUGAAGCUUAUAGAGAGAUAAUGAAAAAGACCAAGGAGUUUGAGAAACAAUUUAGGCAACCAAACACGAGACCAAAAUCAGGGCCUAAAAGAGAUCAGGGUAGCUCCUCCGAAGGACUUGCCUCUGGAAAUGUAUCUGCUGAUGAAGCUCUGGUGAGCGAGAUGUGUGUUAUGCCGGUAGCUGAGCAAACUGAAUCCAAACCGGAAAAGGAAAGGAAAUCUGUUCAUGAGAGGAUCAGGGUACCUGUUUCAUAUGAUGACCUUUUCAGAGAUGCACCUUUGGAUGAUUCACUAGCACAUCAUCCUUCUGCUUAAGCUCAUUUAUACACCGUUUACCUUGGACUUUUUUUAACUAGGUAAACAAUAUAUCUAAGCUACUGGAUGACUUCUCUUGUGGAAAGCAAUUGUUUUGUCGAGAAAUGGAAAGCAUUGAUUUUGUCGAGA